UGUACUCCCUCCUCUUUAAAGUGGAGCCUCACCCACAGCAAUCAACCCGUCUUUAUUCCGAGCGAGCUGCGGUUCUACGGUCGUCUCCAGGCGCGUUCCUGAGCAGGGCCAAACCCCUCUCCGGAGAGUGCCCGUGCGCCAGCUGAUCCGGAUGAACUGUCACAACCGGGAGCCUGCGCACUGAGGCCACGGGGAUUUCCAACAGUACAGCGGAAAAGCUUGGAGUUAAAAAAAAUGCACAGCAUCAUGAUCGUGACCUUCUCUGCCUGGCGACCUUGAAUUCACUACUUUUGACAGGGCAGAGGCUAGAGCUCCGGAUGCAACUCAGGACCACCAAAUGCGGAGUCUAUUUGUGUGCAUGUUCUGAGAUGGUGGCAGAGAGGGGCUGCUGAGUGUCGUCCCGGUCCUUGGCAUGAGAGAGGGAGUGAGAGAGGAGUGUCACGGCUGAGCAGUUCACUGCUGCGCCGCCAAUGGAUGCUAAACUGCAAGAGGACCUGUUCCGGAGGUACGUGGCAUGCCUGGAGAGGCGGCUGGAGGACGGAGGGGGGAAUGCGGGCCCUGGGAGAGGCACAUCACAGAGGGGCAGCGAGGCCCUACUCUCCACGGCCACGGCCCUGCUGGGGGCCUACCAGCCAGACCCGGGCCAGAGGUUCCGCAUGGUGCGCUUCUAUGAGGUGGUGGAGAAUGCCAUGCGCUGCCUGAGAGGCUGCAGUCUGCGUGGCCUGGAGAGAGCCUUCCUCACCCUGGAGACGGUCUGCACCAACCUGCUGCUCUUCCCCUGGAAGAAAGAGUUCCGCUGCAUCAAGACCUUCACAGGCCCGUAUGUCUACCACCUUCAGGCUGUCUUGUGCGAUGCCGAUCUCCGUUCCCUCCUGCGUUCCAUGGGCUACUCCCAUGACCACGAGCUCCAGUUCCAUGUCCGGGACCACCCUGGUGGCCCGGCCCACCUCCGGCAGCUAGCCUUCGAGCUCUUCCUGGCCCAGGCAGAGUGUCGUCUCCUUGGGGAGGUGGUGGCUCUGGCUCGGGGCUCAGCCUCUGAGCUGGAGGCCCUGGAGCAACGGAGGGGCUGCCGGGACGACGCAGCCGGCUGUGCCGAGGUCCUUCGGCGGCGGGACAGCCUCGGGGCUGACAUGGCCCGGCUCUCUGUGCGACCAGUGGACAUAGGUCACCCUCACCAUCUGAGGAGAGGGGGAAGGCCGUCCAAGUCAGUGGAUGUGACGGAUGGAGCUGGGCAUUGGCACACAGCCAGUAAGCCUGUCCUGAAAGCCUCUCUGAGCCUUAGGAAGGAACCUCUGUUUGUGGAUGCAGAGGAGGACAUGAAGGAUGAGAUCAUCAGGCCCAGCACCUCCAUAUCCAUGUUUUCUGUGGCUGCCCCACCUUCUUACAGCCCCUUGGCUGACUUCUUCCCUAUCCAAUCACCGCCCUCGGUUGAUGCCUACUCCUCCUACCACCUCUCCUCAUUGGAUGAGAUUGAUCUGUAUACAGAGAGGGGUGGGCCUGGGGUUGGAGGUCGACAGACGCCUUCCAGACCUUCAUCCAGGGAACCCUGGGAUGCCAGGGAUGGCUGGGUGUUCAAAGCCCAUGGCGGGCUCUCUUCUCUGGGGGUGAAGUGUCAGGGUUGUGGCCUGGGCUGCUCCAGCCUGGCCUCCUGCCCUAGGUGUGACAUGAUCCUGUGCCCGGCCUGUCGCGACAUCGACCCCUCCCCCUGUUGUGGCCUGCAGGAGUACCCAAACCCCAAAUCACCCCGCCCCAUGGACGGCUACCUCCCCGUCAAGGAGAAGCUGUCAGUAUACUCCAACACCCACUCUCCCCACCCCCACAUGCACCCUCAUCCCCUCACCCUCACCCAACAGCACACCCACCCCCACCCCCAGAUGGUAGAGAAACCCCUUAUGGCCACCAAGCUGUUUCCCAGCAAGUCGGUAGCCAAUGCUGACCGAGCAAGUCUGGGGGGGUCGCGGUGCGGGUUCUGUAACAAGCCGGGCGCGUCUCAUACCUGUGUGAACUGCUCCAAGGUAUCGUGUGACUCGUGCAUGAGCCUGUACGGCAAAGACUUGUGCACACGUAAAAACCCCCAGCACAGCUUUGUCCCCAACCAUCAGCUCAACUUUAAGUCUGGAACCAUAUCACACCUGGUCUACCGAUGAGCAGGGAGUGAACUCUCUCACUUUCCUCUCACCCUUCCCUUGUACUCUCCCCUGCCCUUUCUUUCCUCCCCUCCCUCAUAUCGUCUCUAUCAGAUGUAUGCCUCUGGAAUACAUACAUUAUACAUGUUCAUAGGGAGUCCUCUCUCUCUCUCUCUGCCUUGUAAAAGAUCAUGCUUUUUUAACUGGUUCCUCUUCUUCCUUACUGCUCCACCCCCUCUAGCUUAGUCAUGUGACGUCGUAGGGCUUCCCAAUCCCUUAAAUCUAUUCCUCCUUCAAACGAAACGCGCCUGACGGCACGAAGGAAAGCCGCCCAAACAAAACACAAGCUGACAUAACUUGUCAGCCGAGGAGACUCCGUUAGAUGUGUGUCGUACAGAAGACUUCUGAAACUGGAUUGUGUGCACUGAUGAACUUUUUAACCUUGAAAACCAAUAGGAAAGAACACUGAACUUACACUGGAAUUAAAUAGUAUAUAUUUUCAAUGGUUCAUUCCGUAGAUCAAUGUGAGACUGUUAGUUGGGUGGUGAAAGAGGCUGGAGUGAACAUUUGGUGUGGGGGUUGAUGCUUUAAAGGGAUAUUUUGAGACAGACUAUUAUGGCAACUGACCACUAUUUAAAGAACAAUCACUUGUACAUUUACCCUUAAAUAUUUAAAGUGUAUGGCUGAGGUUUACAUGCUGCUGUGGAAAUUGGAGAUGUUUUGUUGUAUCAGUUUAUCAUAUCACUUACAUUUUCACAACACACCUAAAUUCUCAAUCUCAUCGCUAUCAUGCUGAUAUGUCACCCAGCUUCUUGGAGGUGGCUGUUGUUUUGAGUAAUCCAAUAAACUGGAGGACCCUAAGAAAUUAAGUCUAAAGCCAGUGACAGUCCUGAAAAUAUAUAUGAACUUCACUCUUUGCUACACUGGCAUUUAGACACUACAGGGAGAAGUUUCUGUUCUGACAGCUUACCCAGAUGGUAAUUCUCCCAACUGAUCUUCAGUUAGUGUUUUACAACCUGUUCCUUCUCCUAUUUACAGUGGGGUUUGAAAUUAUUGACACCCUUGAUAAAGAUAAGCAAAAUAAAUCAAAUACUGAGCUAUAUUGUAUGCUGAAAAGAACGUGCUAAGAAUCCCUAUUUUCAUGUCAAUUAACUCAUGUAAACACUUGGAGUUUACUGAAUGACACUGGCAUUUGGAUUGUAGCUGCUGCUUUGGUCAGAGGUGAAAAUAAAUAUCUUUGGCCAUGCA